AUUUUACUUUAACCGUUUGAUUUACUGUGAAGAGUUACUACGCUACUCUAAAUUAUAAUUAAAAUAAUUACUGUUAUUUUACACAUUUGGUUUGAUUUUUAUUAUUAGGAUGAUGAAAUACAGUGGCAUCUAGUGGUCGAUAUUGUCAGAGCCGCGUGUUGUUUGAAACGGGGCCAGCAGCGUGUCUUGUGAAGCAGAAGGGAGCUCCGUGAAAGUGGGUCACCUUCCGGAUCUAUCCAGACCCCCGCCUCCUGCUGCCGUUUCUCCAGAGAGAUCUCCAUUAUCUGGACACGCACAGAGAACAUCAGUCAACAUAGACAACCCCUGACCUUUAACCUGACACCCCAUCAGACUUUGCCAGCAGGACGCCAGCCUAGUUACUACAGCACUAAACGCUGCUCAGUCGUGUGCAAUCAUCUGAUCCCAGAACAGACUUUAUAGAGCUGAGUAAGAGUAAGAAGGAAACAGCUGAUGAAGAGUGUCUUUCUGUCAGAAGAGGAGAACCUGACUGUGUGCGCAGAAAUACAGAGAAACUGACAGAACCACAUGAGAGAGAGAGACAACCGGCUUUGAAAAAGAUCAUUUGCUCAGUGUGUGUGUGUGUGUGUGUGUGUGUGUGUGGAAAACAGACGCCCAUGUGAGCAGCAGCAGCCGCGGUGGUCCGGAGCAACAGCGCAGGAGAAUCUCAACGGCACCAUUCCAGCGUUCUGCUGCGGCGGCUCCGGCGACGGGCAUGUGAGAAGAUGUCCGUGGGAGGCUGCGCGUGUCCCGGCUGUUCCUCCAAGUCGUUCAAGCUGUACUCCCCAAAGGAGCCCCCCAACGGAAGUGCUUUCCCCCCCUUCCACCCCGGCACCAUGCUGGACAGAGACGUGGGCCCGACGCCCAUGUACCCCCCCACAUACCUGGAGCCGGGCAUCGGGAGACACACACCUUAUGGGAAUCAGACAGACUACAGGAUAUUUGAACUCAACAAACGGCUUCAGAACUGGACGGAGGAGUGUGAUAAUCUGUGGUGGGACGCUUUCACUACUGAAUUCUUUGAGGAUGAUGCCAUGCUCACUAUCACAUUUUGUCUGGAGGACGGUCCGAAACGAUACACGAUCGGUCGGACGCUGAUUCCUCGUUACUUCAGGAGUGUGUUUGAGGGCGGCGCUAACGAGCUCUACUACGUCCUGAAACACCCUAAAGAGUCUUUCCACAACAACUUUGUGUCUCUGGACUGCGAUCAGUGUACUAUGGUCACGCAGAACGGCAAACCCAUGUUCACGCAGGUGUGUGUGGAGGGCCGUCUGUACCUGGAGUUCAUGUUUGAUGACAUGAUGAGAAUAAAGACGUGGCAUUUCAGCAUCCGGCAGCACAGAGAACUCAUUCCCCGCAGCAUCCUGGCCAUGCACGCACAGGACCCGCAGAUGUUGGAUCAGCUGUCCAAAAACAUCACCAGAUGCGGCUUGUCAAACUCCACCCUCAACUACCUCAGAUUGUGUGUAAUCCUGGAGCCCAUGCAGGAGCUGAUGUCCAGGCACAAGACGUACAGUCUGAGUCCCCGAGACUGUCUGAAGACGUGUCUGUUCCAGAAGUGGCAGAGGAUGGUCGCUCCACCAGCUGAACCAGCCAGACAGGCGCCGAGUAAGCGGCGGAAGCGCAAGAUGUCGGGCGGCAGCACCAUGAGCGCAGGCGGCGGAACAAACAACAACAGCAACAGCAAGAAGAAGAGCCCCGCAAACAGUUUCCCGCUGUCCAGUCAGGUCCCGGAUGUGAUGGUGGUGGGUGAGCCCACGCUGAUGGGCGGCGAGUUUGGAGACGAGGACGAGCGUCUGAUCACGCGGCUGGAGAACACGCAGUUUGACGCCGCUAACGGUAUCGACGACGAGGACAGCUUUAACAACUCGCCCGCGCUGGGCGCCAACAGCCCCUGGAACAACAAGCCUCCGUCCAGCCAGGAGGGCAAGAACGACAACCCCACCUCACAGGCGUCUCAGUGAGACUGGGGGCGGGGUGGGAGGGGGCGGAGCCAGCGGGAGUGUUGGGCAUCCAAUGGGAAGAAAGAGGUGCAUUCAUCUACCUGCAGCUGCUCUUCCUGUCGGCAGAGGACCAGAGAUGAGCAUCAAACAGAAACACACAGGACAGUUUAAACCGAGCGCUCGUGGUUUUGUUGGUGUCUUACGGGUCCGAAACUCCUCUGAGGAGCCUGUAGAUAGUUCACAUGUUUAAGUUAAGACGGAACGGAGAAAUCUGACCACGUAAACCGCCAACAAGACGAACAGAGCCUGUCGAAAAACAUCCAGCUCCUGUUUCACCCCAAAACCACAUUCUGCAUGUUGAGAAUAAAACAUGAAAACAUCUUUAUUUUUAAUAUUAAUCAUAUUUUAAAAGGUUAUUUUCUGUUCCCCGCAGUUAUAAGGCUGUAUUGCAGUAACAGAAACUAUUAAAUUAAUUUUAAAUAAGCAUAAAUCAAAACACUAACAUGAAAUAUAAAUACGCUUUACUUCAAGUCUUUAUAUAUAGUGCAUUAUGAGAUUUUAAUGCAUUAAUUAUGCCUUGUAUUGCAACUCUUUUCAUUGUUACGCCUUUAGAAAGUAUAAUGCAUUGCAAUGCAAAUAUUAUGAAUAUCUUUAUAAUGCAUUAUGCAUAAAGUCUUAAAGUAGUGUUAUCAUAAAUAAUUUUUAAUUUAAAUGCAUAUUUUUCUGUUGCUUUGCAUUACAGUAAUGAGAAUUUGCAGGAGAAAAUGUUUAAUCGUCAUGAAACUGCAAAAAAAAUAAAUAAAAUAAAGUACACUAGAUAUUUUCUUUCAGCAAAUUGUAUUUUCUUAUUUUGCAUAAUUUUGGAGUGAAAUGUGAGCUGGACGUGUUCUGCUCUCAAACACAACGGACAUUUGAAACAUGAAGAGCGUUUCAACUCAGACACGUUUUGGAGAAUUUUAUCCGUGUUUUAUACCAGCCUCUAUUUCCCUAGAAUGUUUUUAUUUGGUUUCUUUUAUUGUUUUUUGCCGAUGUUGAAAGCUGCAAACCAAGGAGUAACAGAACCGUCAAGGUCCUUAAAGAUUUCAACCCUCAGAUUCUAUUGGUUUGUAUUAUUUUUUAAAGAGAGUCAUUUAGUGUGGGCUUUUGGUUCAUUUUUGUGUACUUGUGCUUGUAUAUUUAAGGUAGUAGCAGAGUUCUGUAUAACUGUAUUGAGAUGUAUUCCUCCUUAGAGUUACAUAAAGCCAUUCUGAUCUAAUGUGUAAAAAGAGAAAAACACAUCAACCUCGUCUUUCCCCCUCUUUAUUAUCAUUUUUUAAUUUGUGUAAAACUGAUUAAUUGAAAUCAAGGGCACAGUCUGUGUUUGUUUCAGAUCUGUCGCAGAAGACGCUGUUUUCUGUCUUUUGUUUGGUUCUCUCACACACAUGAACGUUUCGUCUGUCGAACAACGAGACAUGGUUGUUUUUCACCCAAUAAUUCUGACGCCUUUGAACUCGAUUUUUGUACUAUUUGAUUUUUUUUUCUCUCUCUCUUUCUGACCAGCCGAAUCAAUCUGAAUGAAUUUAAGGUCUGCACUUGCGAUUGAAACAAACCUUUAACCUUGUAGAUGCCCCUGUUUGAUAUAACUUUGUUUUCUUAAUUUCUGCCCUUGAUUAAAUUAAUGUAUGGAACCAAUAAAAUAUGAAUUUUCACUUUAAGGA